AUGAGUCCCCCAGGCGACAUUGUCGGCGCAGUCACGACUGGAUACCAGGCAUGGUUCACGUGCGAGGGCGACGGCUCGGAGGCCCAGUGCAUCGGCGGCUGGUGGCAUUACUCGCCAGACCGGCUCAAGCUGUGCGGGCCAGACAACUGCGGCAUCAUCAGCUGGCCCGACAUGCGGCCGUACGAGAAGACGUACCCCACCGCGCACGGCGUGCAGGCCGAUGGCGCGCAGCCAAGCCUGUUCAGCAAUAUGGACGACUGCACCAUCCUCACGCAUUUCCGUAUGAUGGCCGACGCCGGCAUCGACACGGCAGCACUGCAACGCUUCAACCCUACCGGUGGCGAGGGCCCAAUCCGCAACGUUACAACACCACGCGUCGCGCGCGCCGCCGAGGCGACAGGCCGCAAGUGGUACUGCAUGUACGACAUCUCCGGCUGGGCCAACAUGCAGAGCGAGCUCAAGACCGACUGGCUGAGCAUCAUGAGCGCGUUCGCGUGCGGACCGAGCUACGCGCGCCAGAACGGACGCGCCGUCGUGUCCAUCUGGGGCUUUGGGUUCAACGACGACGGACACAAGUGGGACCCUGCGGCGUGCAUCGAGAUCAUCAACUGGUUCAAGUCGCAGGGGUGCUAUGUCAUCGGCGGCGUGCCCACGUGGUGGCGCGAGGGCAAGAGCGACAGCCGCGACAACUACGCCCAGGUGUACCGCACCCUCGACUGCAUCUCGCCGUGGAUGGUCGGUCGCGCCGGCAAGAUCCGCGACCUGGACAACAUGUACGAGGCGGCAAACCUCCCCGACGCCAAGGAGCUGGCGAGCCUGGGCAUCGACUACCAGCCGUGUGUGAUGCCGGGCGACCUCCGCGCAGGCGACCGGUACCACGGCGACUUUUACUGGCGUCACUGGUACAACUCUGUGCGGCUCAAGGAGACGGGUGUCGGCCUCGGCAUCUACAUCUCCAUGUUUGACGAGUACAACGAGGGCAACCAAAUUGCGCCGACGGCCGAGACCAAGGCCAACCAGCCGCCGGAGUUUCCGCACAACGCGCUCGACGAAGACGGCGUGGCGUGCACCUCGGACUACUACCUGCGAAUCACGCGUGACGCGCGCGAGAUGUUCCAGGGCCGCGCCGAGGUGACCAAGGUGCGCCCGACCGAGCCAUGGCCUGGACGCGGAAGAUUCAACCCUCUGCCGUUUGUCGGCCUACGCGCACGGGUCAACGGCAAGAUCGUCUGCGCCGAGGGCGGCGGCGGCCACCCGCUCUUUGCCAACCGUGACAACGUCGGUCCGUGGGAGCAGUUUGAGCUCGAGUACGAGUCGCCGACGUGCGCUGCGAUCAAGACCAAGAGCGGGCAGUAUGUGUGCGCCGAGCCCCACGUCGACGGCCAGCCAGACUUUACGCUCGUCGCCAACCGGCCCGGCGCGGGCCCGUGGGAAACGUUCGAGGUCGAGCAGCAGGGCGGCGGCGUCAUUGCCCUCAAGGCGCACAACGGCAAGUAUGUGCAGGCGACUGGUGAUGGCCCCCUGGUCGCCAAGUCGGACGCCGUGGGGUGGUGGGAGACGUUCGAGGUGGUCGAGUAG